AUGCUGAGAAUCCCCAAAGUAGGGCCUUCUGCCCCAGGAAGAGGGGGUCCCUCCAUUGCUCCAACGCCUCAGCAGAAGAAAGCCAUACCCGUGAUCACCUCUGCUGAUCUGGCAGCCUCUAACCUUAGUAGUCCUCAGAUGCGGGCCCUCCCGGCUACCUAUUUCACUCAGGUGUACCCCCAGACUGCUGUGGUAGCCCCAUUGCCAAGGGGCAGUUGCUUGUAUGCUACCCCCCAUGGACCUGAAAUCAAAACCAUGCGAUCUGCCUCCACUGGAAAAUUACCGGCCAAGAGGAAGUUGGAUCUAGAAGGGACGGGUCAGCAGUGUAUCCCAGAGUUCCGGACCCCAAAGGGCAAGGGGAGAACAUUGUCCCACAUCCCAAGUCCAAAAACCCCUAAAUCGCCCGGAGAGAAGACCCGCUAUGACACAUCGCUGGGCCUGUUGACGAAGAAGUUCAUUCACUUGCUCAGUGAGUCAGAGGAUGGCGUGCUGGACCUGAACAGGGCCGCGGAGGUGUUGGAUGUCCAGAAGCGACGCAUCUAUGACAUCACCAAUGUCUUGGAGGGGAUCCAGCUCAUUCGGAAGAAAUCCAAGAACAACAUACAGUGGAUGGGGACAGGGAUUUUUGAGGACUCUUCUAUGGCAGCGAGACAGCAGGCAUUGCGGCAGGAGCAGGCAGAGCUUUCCAAGACCGAGAGGAUGCUGGACAAGCUCAUCCAGGAGUGCACACUUCAGCUGAAGCACCUGACAGAAGACGAAACCAAUCAGAAGCUAGCUUAUGUAACGUAUCAGGACAUACGCACCAUCAGCAACUUCAAUGAGCAGACGGUGAUUGUGGUCCGAGCCCCACCAGAGACUCGGCUGGAAGUGCCAGAUCUUUGCGAGGAAAAUGUUCAGCUCCACCUGAAAAGCAGCAAUGGCCCUAUCGAGGUGUACCUGUGCCCUGAGGAAGUCCUGGAGGAGAGCCCUGCUGAAAAGAGUGGCCUCCCAGCCCUGACACACCAGGAUGGUGGCCACGGCUCCAGUCCUCCAACACUGAAAGAACCUGUGAAAACGGAGCUGCCCAGCUGCCUCAUGGAAGGGGAGGACGGCUUCCUGGAGCUGCCCCAGCAUCUUUUGCAGCAGACGGAGGACCAGCUCCCUUCUGCUUCCUACAGCGACACUGGCCCCUUUGUCAGUUUCUCCCCUCCUCUGGACCAAGACGACUACCUGUGGGGGCUAGAGGAGGGCGAGGGGGUGAGCGACUUAUUUGAGGCCUAUGACUUGGGCGACCUGCUAAAAAACUGA